AUGUCUUUAGCUUCAACUAGUCACCUCUCUCUCUGUUCUUCACCACCCUUGCCAAGAACGGCUUCAACCAAGCAGAACCCACUUCUGUUUUCUCAAACCAAGCUUCUUUCAUCCAAGAAUUGGUCAUGCCUGAGCACUUCAACCUGUUUUCUAAAUACCCAAUUGGUAAAGCUGUCAAUUUUCGUCGUAAAAGCAUCGGAAACUGAGUCUCAAACAUCGAAACCAGCAGCAGAAAGUGGAAGUGAAGAAGGAGGAGAGGAAGCAUUUGAAGAAUAUGAGGUAGAAGUGGUGCAGCCUUAUGGGCUGAAAUUUGCCAAGGGUCGAGAUGGUGGAACUUACAUUGAUGCGAUUGCAGCUGGUGGAUCUGCUGAUAAAACUGGCAAGUUCAGUGUUGGGGAUAAAGUACUUGCAACCAGUGCAGUUUUCGGGGAUGAAAUAUGGGCUGCUGCUGAAUAUGGGAGGACAAUGUACACCAUUCGCCAGAGGGUCGGUCCACUUCUAAUGAGAAUGCAGAAGAGAAACGGCAAGAUAGAUAAUUCAGGUGAAUUAACAGAAAAGGAGAUUAUCAGAGCUGAAAGGAAUUCUGGUGUAAUUAGCAACAAAGUGAGGGAAAUCCAAAUGCAAAACUACUUGAAGAAAAAGGAACAAAAAGCAAGGAGGGAAAGUGACCUUCGAGAAGGGCUGCAGCUUUACAAGAAAGCCAAAUAUGAGGAAGCAUUGGAGAAAUUUGAGUCUGUACUAGGAUUAAAACCAGAGUUAGAUGAAGCUUCGGUGGCAAGUUACAAUGUUGCUUGUUGUUAUUCUAACCUUAAUCAGAUACAAGCUGGUCUCUCUGCACUUGAGGAUGCCCUGAAAGCUGGCUUUGAAGACUUCAAGAGAAUCCGGACUGAUCCUGACCUAGCCAAUGUAAGAGCAUCUGAGGAAUUUGAUACUCUAUUGAAAAGAUUUGACGAAUCUUUCAUCAAUGAGAAUGCCAUCAAUGCCAUAAAAUCUCUAUUUGGAAUUUUCAACAAGAAAUAG